CUAUCCAGUCGUCCUUCUACCCAGGAGAUCACUGCAGGCAAGACUAGAGACAUAGCUCAAGAAGAGAUGGCUCUCCUGGAGAACCCAUUGGGCCACCCAGAGAAAUUUCACAUUUCAAAAGAUUUGGGCUUUAUUCUGGAAGACCCAUUGGAGGAGCUGCCUGAUUGCUAUCAGGUCUGGGUGAGACUUGCAAAAAAUCUGCCCUCUCUGAUUCAGAAUGGCCAAUUUCGGGAAGAAGUUAAACAGCUGCCAGAACUUAAUAUUAGUCAGCUCCAAGGACACAAGGAACAGCGCCUCGCACAUCUGGCACUGGCGGUUAUCACCAUGGGCUAUGUAUGGCAAGACAGCGAAGUCAUGCAGGUGCUGCCCAGGAAAAUUGCUGUCCCUUUCUGUGAAAUCUCAAAACAACUUGGCUUGCCUCCAAUAAUGGUGUAUGCAGAUUGUGUUUUGGCAAACUGGAAGAAAAAGGAUCCCUCAGGGCCUAUGACUUAUGAGAACAUGGACACUCUAUUUGCAUUUCCUGGCGGGGAUUGCAGCAAAGGAUUCUUCCUAGUUUCUUUACUGGUUGAAAAAGCAGCUGCUUCAGCAAUUGGGGUAAUUCCAGAUAUAUUUGAAGCAAUCAAAAGUAAGAAUGUGGAGUCCCUGAAAGAAAGUCUCCGUACUGUGGCCUCUUCUGUUCAUAAGGCAAUUGAAGUGUUCGACCUUGUUCAUAAACAUGUGAAUCCCAAUGUCUUUUUCGAUACUCUUCGCAUCUACUUGUCUGGCUGGAAGAAUAACCCACUGUUGCCAAAUGGCCUGAUAUAUGAAGGGGUGUGGGAGACACCCAAGAUGUUCUGUGGGGGAAGUGCUGCCCAAAGCAGUAUCAUGCAGUGUUUUGAUGCCCUGCUGGGGAUCCAACACAGCAGUGCAGAGGAGAAAACCAGUGCUAAAUUCCUCGAGGAAAUGAGGAACUACAUGCCAUCAUCUCACAAGGACUUUCUCGAGGCAGUUACUUCUAGCCCAUCUGUUAGAGAUUUCAUCAUCUCCAGUGAUGAUAUUAAGCUGAAGAAGGACUAUAAUGAAUGUGUAAAAGCUCUAGUUCAUCUCAGGAGCUAUCACCUUCAAGUGGUGGCCAAGUACAUCAUAAAUCAAUCAAAUAAACAGGACAAUGCGAAAGAGAAGAAAUCAUCAGAUAAUCAAGAGAAAGGGACAGGUGGCACGAACUUAAUGACUUUCCUUAAGACUGUAAGAAACACAACUGAGAAAGCUCUAUUGAAAGAGAGCUAAUGGAACACAGCACUAUUAUUACUCAUUCAACAUGCAGUUAUUAAGUUCAUUUUAUGUGUCAUAUACUAGGCUAAGUAUAUUGCUGCAAAGAAUCAAACAAUCUCUGCUGUCAAUAAUAUUACAUUCUACUUAAUUAUGCAGUUGAUAGUCUUCUGUUAACCAAUCCAUCAAUUGAUCAAUGAGUAAGUAUUAAGUAAGAACUUCAUUAUGUAUGAGAUGAUAAGUUUGGGAUAUACAAAAAAUUUUUGAAAAAAAAAGCUGUCCUUGUCCUCAGGGAACUCACAUUACAUAUAAGGUUACAUGGAGAAGUCUUCCUCUGUGAGUUACAAGGAAUUCUUAUAAGAUGUCUUCAUUGAAUGUUAAUAAAGAUGUUGAACAAGAAAAAAAUGCUUUGUUUUGAAUGACAUCAAUGCUAUGUUGCCAAUGUGGCUACAUCAUAAUGUAAUUGUGUAAAAUGAAUAAAUAAAAGCUAUUUUAAUAGUGGAA